AUGGAAGAGAUGGCUCAUGGGUUAGAACUUAGCAAUGUCAAUUUCAUAUGGGUUGUUAGGUUUCCAGUGGGACAAAAAACUAGGGUUGAGGAGGCACUCCCAAAAGGGUUUCUUGAGAGGGUAGGGGGGAGAGGAUUGGUCAUCCAAGGGUGGGCCCCACAAGUAAAAAUUUUGGAGAAUCCAAACGUUGGUGGCUUUGUGAGCCACUGUGGGUGGAGCUCAGUAAUGGAGGGGAUCAAGUUUGGAGUCCCUAUAAUAUCUGUGCCUAUGCACCUUGAUCAGCCAAUCAAUGCUAGGCUCUUGAGUGAAAUUGGUGUUGGUGUGGAGAUCAUGAGAGAUGAUAAUGGGAAGAUUUUAAGAGAAGAAGUGGCUAAAGUGAUCAAACAGGUUGUGAUGGAGAAAAGUGGUGAGGCUGUGAAGAAGAAAGAGAGAGAAUUGAUGGUGGCUAGUGGCGGCGGCGGGUGGUGGUUGGUGGUGGUAAGUGGGUGCUUAGUGGUGGUGGCUGGUGGUGGUGGGGGAUGGGCGGUAGGUGGUGGUGACGAAAGACGGUAG